AUGGUAAUGACAAAAGUAACUUACUUUUGAAUUAAAAAGUUGUUAAAAUUUGCUACAUUAAAAGUUUUUUUCUUGUUUUGAAAAUGAAAACUUUUACUGCUACAGUUUUUGAAAAUCUCAUUGCUCACUGAUUUAAAAGUUUUUAUUUUUAAUUCGACUGUAAAAUUUCUUUCAUUUUGACGUUCUCGUGUAACCGUGUACGCCUAAGUCGCAAAUGUAAACAAACACUUUGGUGGGUCCGGUGGUGCUGGUGAGUCUAGGACGCAAAGCAAAGCCGACCGCGGCAGCAGCCAGGACUCGGACGCGGAAACCUUCGUGAGCCAAACAGCAGCAGCGGAACGCCUUCGAAGGAGGGUGGUGCAGGAGCGGGACGAGGUCGAGUGCUCGAAAAGGACAAGGCCAGCUUCCUGCAGGAACUGCAGCUGUUCCACGGCCGGAAUGCGAUGAGAGGUAGGAAUGUGGAUUCGCACCGGUUGUAUUGGGUGGUGGUGGCCCGGGAUUGGUGGUUGAGGGUCAAUUCGCGUGAGGACCGGGGCGAGAUCAUCGAGGAGAUGGCGCUGCCGAAGCGUUGCGUGAACAACGAGAUUGCGUUGAAGAAGAUUAACUUCCGGUUUUUGGACAAGUACGCGAAAGUUUAUUUUCACGAUGGGCCUCCGACGAAAAGGAGGACGACGAAAAGCUACAUAAUUGGAGGUGGUCAGCGCAGAUGUUGCACUCGGUGCCGGCGGUUUACAGCACCGCAACUUCCCGCCCACAAACACUCACGUCGCGACGGCGCAGCUUCAGCCGAAAGAAAUCUGGACAGUGAGCCAAAAAAAAUCUGUGUCAUUCUCGAAGUAGGAUUACGUGCUCAAAAUCGAACUCCGUACCGAGGGCCUCAUCAACUCCAUGUUCCGGAUGCGCUUCCAGGAUCGGGAACUCCCCGUUCAGGCACUUUACUUUCCAGCCGGAAAACGUCGACCACCCUUCCCGAAUCAAUGGCCAAAUCCUCCAAGACUGUCCUGAUUGACGCCGGAAACGUGACCAUCGUGUUACACUGCUGUCGCGCGUCGAAGCCUCCAUCCGGAACCGUCCAGCCUGGGGUAUUCGGAAGUGACCGGUGGCGUACCGUAUGAAGCAGAAGCUAGUGGAGAAGCGUUAAAUACAAAAAAAGUGUUUUCCUAACAUACUGUUUAAUUAUUUUUUGUAAUAAAUGUAAAAAACCAAGCACAUUUUUCUGAAAUUAUCCCUGUAGUGCUAAAUGUUGUGUAUUCUUGCCAUAAAAGGUUUCUUUUACAAUUAAAAGUAAAAUACUUUUACCAAUACA